ACAAGUAUGACUGGUACUCUAGAGAAGGGGGCCCACCACCAGGCCUUGGACCUGUCCGAGGAACUGCCGCCGCAUCACCACCAUCAUCACCACAACAACCACCACCAGUAUCUCCACCAUUCCAACUCACUAGCCUCCACCACCGCUGUGGGUGGAGGCAGAGAAACACCUUUGCGUGUAGUUGUACCUCCUCCGUAUUCUGCAGCUGAGAGCGGUGGUGGGGGUAGUGAGGCUCCUCUGGAGCUGCGGGGGUCCCUGGACUGCUGGGCCUGCUCCGUGCUGGUGACGGCUCAGAACCUGAUCAUCGCCACGAUCAACGCCGGCCUCGCUGGACUGGUGUUCGGGACCAUCCUGACACCGGCCAUCAUCAUGGUCGUGUUUGGCUUCCUAUGCCACUCUACAGUCCGCCCUCAUGGGACGACCCCCUACUGCUCGGACCUGCUGACUGACGGAGGCUGCGUGGCUCUGCUGGUGGUGGGCUUCCUCUUGGUCACCCCUCUGCUGGUGCUGGCGCUGGCCGCAUACUGCCGCCUAGCCCGACACCUCCAGCUGGGCCUGUGCUUCAUCCCGUACAGCCGGGCCGUGUACAAGAACCUGCCGGCCACCCGACACCGUGGCCUGGGCACCGGCUGCUGUGGAGGCCGAGAUGGAGCCGAUGGUGGCGGAAAGGGAAAGGUCUGGGUGUGAGCUGGAGAUGGAAGUAAGGGGGAGAGAAGGGAGGGGGUGAGGAAGACCAUCAGAUGAAGAACAUGAAGGGAACUGAACAAGAGGACAGGGUGGGGGUUGUAUGGGAUGACUAAAAGGCAAUGGAUGUGAAGAACAGAUAAACCACCAGAGAAGGGAGGAAGUUAUAAAUGGCAAUUACUGUAACAACCAGCUGAACAUCCUGGAAGACUAGCUACACAUACUGAGUAAUGGCUUACAUCCAGGUCUUAACUUCAGAGCAACAUUAUCGAUUGUUCAGGAAAACAAUAUAUAUGGUGUACUAAGGUAAUUGUUGGUAUAAUUACAAAUGAAUAAAAAAUAAUAACUACUAAGGUAUUUGUUGGCAUUAUUCCACUGGACACAUCGGCUGUUACUGGAAUUUUGUAACUAGAUAGAUAGAUAGAUACACAUAUAUAUAUGCAUACACACACACACACACACACACACACACAC